CUAGACUGAGGAGCGUGGACAACAGUAGCGACGUUUUGCCUCUCGGUGGAGAAAUUACGUCGGAAACGUCAUGUUUUGCCGCGUGUACGUCUUCUCCGGGGUUGUUCGUGUUUAAAACGUGCUCGUAGAGUUUGAACAGUGUUAAUUAUGUCGGUGUGUGUGAAGUCCAGCCCUUCUCCUUCUGAUGGACCGAAACCAGAGAGUCGCAACAUGAAGAGACGAACUAACUUCUCUCUCAAUAAUAUGAACGAAGAACAUUCUUUGAGAGAAGACACGUCUAUGAAAGACAAAAGCAGCCUGCAAGAAGAGGCGAUUCAUAGUGAUUUAAUUCCCGAUGAGCUCCUUGCCACCCUCACCUCCACCAUAUGUCCUCAAAACACGCUCGGACCCCUGAAAUUAAGCAAAACUCCCAAGGACUUCAAGGUUUGUUUACAACACCGGCCUGAUGCAUUAUGGCAUCAACCCGCUGGCCGCAAGAAAUACAAAUACUUUCUCGACCAGCCAACAUCUAUAAGUGGAGCUGGAAGAGAUAUAUCCUUUCUGUGUGACGCCUUUAUAUAUCAGAAGGAUCAAUUGCAUCUCCCGUCAGGCUCUGCUCUGUUGCAUGGAGAUCAAAAAGACGUGCGUCCACUGGAAACAUUAAUCCCUGAAGAAUAUCACAUCAUUAAAAACAAAGGUCUUAGGGGACUGCAAUGCUAUGAUGACAAAUUCACAGUUCUGUUGGAAGACAAUGAAAAGAAGCUGAGAGUCUUUCCAUCAAUGAAGCCCAGCAGUCGGCUUGAGGUGAUGCAGCUGAUGAAAGUAAUGGAUGAUAUGCUGGAAAAAGCAGGUGUCAACCAAGAUCUUCAAGAGCUAUCUGAACUCUCUCAGAUGGAAAAUUUACUGGAGCUGGUUAGAACGGAGCAGAACAUUUACAACAUGGUGUUCCACGAGCUCAUCCGCCAAGUCAGUGUUGAAUGUGCCGAGAGGGGUCAGCUUCUCGCCAAACUCAGGCAGAGGUAUGCGGCGCUCCUCGACCGGAUCCCAUGGCAGGUGAAAGGCCUACAUUCGGAGACAUUAGCACAGAGGGCAUUAGACCGACGGCUCACGGAGGAGAUCAUGAGCUUUAGAAACUCUGUUGCAAAGCUUAAUAUGGAACUGAGUAUGAUGAAGGUACAUGAUGAGUGUGUGUCCAAAGAGGCCGAGGAAUCAAAGGAGGAACUCGCUAAAGCUCUGGAGGAAUCACAACGCAAUGCAGACAUUGUAGCAAAGUAUCAUGAUCUUUACGAGCUGCAGCGGAGAAGACUCGGGGGUCAGAUGCUCCACCUGUCUGAUGAGAGGGACCUUUGGAGAAAAGCAACGUACAGCCUCGCUAUAAAGAUAGUAAAGAUAAAUAAACUCCAGCUUGUCAAACAGCUAAAUGUUAGCGAGCAAACCUGGGCCAAGACUGCCGAGCACUUCACUCUCGUCCUCACAACAAAGGAUUCAGAGGAUUUAUCGCACAUCAUCGAGUUGACCGACCAAUGAAAAGAGAACCUAACCACCUUCAUGGAGAACCUCAGAAAGACUGAAAGCAGUCAACACGAGACCAUCCAAUCUGUCCGAGCUCAUGUUGUCAAGUGGCAGAAGUUCUGUGAAGACCAGAUCAGGAGCCCUGAUAUGAAAACCGAUAGAUCUUCAGAGGAGGAACUGUCUUAUGACCUGAAACAAUGGUCAACGGUGUUAACACAACAAUGUGAGCGUUAAGGAGGGGAGGAGCUAGUGUCCAGUCAGGAAACACUCGAAAUGCUAACAAACCUACAUGAGUCCUGGAUUGAGGUUUGUCUUCGGCUCUUUAGGAGACACCCGGCUUCAGAUGGAGGGCCACCUAAAGGUCAAGAGGCCAUGGGCGAGCUGUCUAAAACCAUCACUGAGCUUCACAAGCAGCUGGGAAUCCGCAUCAACGGAGAAAGUGGGAUCCAUGCAACACUAAUGUCACUUAGUGAUAAUAUGGAGUUCUGGUCCAGAAGACUAAAAUCACGGAGUGGACCUGAACUGAAUCCUUCAGGAUAUUGGGUGAAGAUGGAGGAAGCUCUUGGUAGCUUGAUAAAUCUGUUUGAAGAUGCCGUUUUGCUGGUGGACAGUACACAACUUGAACGGGACAGGGCCAAGAAAAUACCCCAUGCUAGGAUUGACAUCCAUGAUGUCCUGAAGACAUUAAAGGAUUUCCUGUUCUCCCAAGAAAACUUCUUUGAAUGUGAAGACAUGAGGCUUCGCGAGGAGGCCAAUUCAAUUCACUCCAAACUGAUUCGCUGGAUGGUGGACCUUCUGCUUUUAAUGGUGCCGGUACAUUCAGAUGACCAGGCAUCUCUUCCAUCGCCUGAACUUAACAUCAUAGUCGACGUGUCUGCUGAGAAGCUGGAUAAAGAUGCCAGCAUCAUCUCAGAGAAGCUGGAUAACCUUUCCAAAUACAUCACAAGCUCUUGUCAGGCCAUCGUGGAAGAAGAAAUCUUGAAGACCUCAACUCACCAUGACACUGAGAAUGAGCUGCACCAGCUCGCCAAGCUUCAGAAGGAAUGCAGCGAGUGGGUGGAAAGCUGUCGGGUCCUGCUGUUGGAUAUCAAUGGAAGUCCUUUGGAGAUGCAGCUGUCUGUGCCACAGUCUGUUAGCGAGAUCACAUUAGAGGAUGCCAGCGUGGACUCUCUGCUUGACCAAGAACUGGAGGUACCUACAGAGACAAAAAAAGAUGAAGAAGAACCAUUGGUUACGAAAGAUAUUAGCGGGCAUCAUCUUUCCCCAAGAGCUGAUGAAUAUGGGGAAGACCAGGGUGUAAAGGCUAAAGACGGCUUAGUCAUCAAGCUAAUAGGUUAUGAUGGUAAUAUCACAGAACAGAUUUUGGGAGAGGACACUGUCCAGCUUACGGGGACAGAUGACCUUGUUGUGUCUCCUCACACUGAGAAUGCCCAGGAAGCCUUCACAGCUUUAGAAACAGUGAGAUUUCUUCAGCAGGAACUUUUAGAGGUGGAAGCUCGUGCCGUCACUGCAGAAGUGCGGGCGCUGAAAGCCGAGGAAGACCUCCAGGUGGCUCUCGACAAGAUCCAAGAUCUGGAGAAACAAUUACAGGCUCGGCCCAACGCAGAGAACAAGUUGAACAAGAAAACUGGACCACCCAAGACCCCCAGCACCCCGGCUGUGUCAUCUGAACCCAAAACGCAUCAGAAAGCCGAAUCCAGCCCCAAAAACACCAAAGGCACUAAAAGACACUAAGGUUAAAACCAGACCUCAGUGGGUGUAAAAUAAAGCAUUUGGCCUGUAAUUAAAAUGUAGCGCACACUUUGUUAUUUUGUUGCAUCUUUACAAGAGGUGAGACCUAAACAGACGUAUUUUAUGUUAGUAAAAGUGUUAGAUUAUUAGUGAUUAUUAGUUAGUUUGGGAUUAUUCAUUAGCAUGCUGCAUCAAAGGAAAGUGUGUAUGUAGUGGUAUGACAUAAGAAAAGUGAACAACAUUAAACAUUACGCUAGGUAAACUAAAUGCUAUUGGCUUUUAAAAAGAGGAGGAGUCUUUAAUACUGUAUGUCCCGCCUUAACUUCCUGUUUUAGAAGAAAUUCCAUUCCAUUUUAACAUUAAAUAAACCCCCCCAAAAAACAUACUGGUCUGACAUAUCUUGAAGUUUGUGUUGUCUCUACAUCACGGGCAAGUAUUUAGCGCUCUCUUCCGAGUCGUCCACCGGGGUCAGGCUUUGAUUGGCUGUUCUGGUUAAACUGGCUCAGGAUUUUUCUACCUUGAUGCCCCAUCUGCAGGUCACAGAAUCUAAAAUAACCAUCGGUUCUCCAUGUUUCACAUUGUUCUUGUCCACACUUACUGUACCUUCUCCGUGUCCCUCAGUCUCCAGUAAACCCAAUAACUCCUCUCUCUCUUCUUUAACACGUUCUCUCACAGUAUCCACAUUCACAACAGUGCUCCUCGAGAUGACUUGAGCAUCUUUGGCUUCAUGUGUUUCUUCUGAAAUGUCAGGUUUCUCUCGCUCUUUUCUUUUGUGAGGCUCUUGGAGUUUCACGGAUUUGGGUGCCUUCGUUUUCCUGUCCUUACGUUGUGUGAAAAUAUGACCUGCUGGCUAUAAGUCUAUGUAAGUCUGUAAACUUUAUAAAAAUGUAUAAGAAUAAAUUUGUGAGAACAAUUUUAAAUAUUUACAUAUUUGACAAGUCAAUACUUUGUUGAGAUAAAUGAAAAUAAAAUGUAGA